GCCCGCGCCGGCGCCCAGCAUGGCGGACUCGUCGCAGGUGCAGAAGCGGGGCUCCUUGCGUUCCACGUGGGCUCGAGCCCGCAAGACCCGGCCCCAGCUCCUCCUGAGCCGUCGGCCCCGCCGCCGGCUCCGGAUCCUGCGCUGGUGCGGCCGCAGGCGCCUGCGGCGGCGGCUGCUGCAGGCCCAGGCGGCCGGCGCCGACUGGCGGGCGGGCACCUGCCUGGUGUCGCGCGCGGGGGCGGCCCCGAGGCCCAAGACCGCAGCCCCCAGCCCGGCCCCCAGCCCGGCCCCCAGCGCGGCCUCGGACGAGGAACCUGCCCCGAGUGUCCCCGCGCCCCUCCCAAUCCCCCCGCUGCGGCCCGCCGGCCCCGGCCGUGCGUUGCUGCUGCUGCCGCGGGAUCAGGGUUUCACCUUUAGCGGCGUCUGCCGCGUGACUUGCCUUUACGGCCAGGUGCAGGUGUUGGGUUUUACCAUCGGCCAAGGCCAGCCUGCCCGGGAUGUCUUCUCCACCUACACCCACUCCCGCCUCGCCAUCAGCGCGGUUCACUACUCGAUGCCGGAGAAGAGCAAGAAGGAGAUGAAAAGGGAAGCCCGAGCCUUGCUCCGGGCUCAUCUUAACCGGGAUGACAGGUGCUGGCUGAUGAAGAACUUCUCCCCUCUGUGUUCCAUCGUGAUGCUGGAGAGGCUGAAGACCUCCACGGUGAACUUCAUAACCAGCCAUCCCGGGUUAUCCUACGUUUUCCUGCAGGAGAGCCCCACCUUCCAGAUUAACACUGAGUACUUCGCCCUGAGGUCUGUGGGCAUUCGAAGGGAGAAGAAGAAAGCCGGCCUCCGUUUAACCGAGAGUGGCCUCGCCGCCCUGGAAGAGCUGGUGAACGUCUCCUGCGAGGAAGUGGACGGCUGCCCCGUCAUUCUGGUGUGCGGGUCGCAGGACGUUGGGAAGUCGACAUUUAACAGAUACCUGAUCAACCAGCUGUUAAAUAGCCUCCCCUGCGUGGACUACUUGGAGUGUGACCUGGGGCAGACAGAGUUCACCCCGCCGGGGUGCAUCUCUCUGCUCAACAUCACGGAGCCGGUGCUAGGACCGCCUUUCACCCACCAGAGGACACCUCAGAAAAUGGUGUACUUCGGGAAACCUGCGUGUAAAAACAGCCACGAGAAUUACAUAGAGAUAAUAAAGUACGUGUUCAGCGCCUACAAGCGAGAGGCCCCGCUCAUCAUCAACACCAUGGGCUGGGUGACAGACCAAGGGCUCUCGCUGCUCGUGGACCUGAUCCGACUGCUGGCGCCCAGCCACGUCGUGCAGUUCAGCUCCGUCCGCUGCAAGCCCAUGCCCAGCCUCACGCCCGACUACGUGGACGGCGUGGACGGCCUGUACACGAGGAGCAAGUCCAAGCGCAGAAGCCGAGGGUUCUUCCUGGCCGAGUUUGCCGAGAACUUGGAGUUCGGCGACGAAGAGAAGGAGAGCCCGGUCGUCUUUCCCGGACAUAAGCUGAUGUGCGUCCAGUCGGACUUCGUGUUCCGGAAAACUCCGAGAAACAGGGAGUCGCAUAACCGGGUGCUCCGGGACUUGGCGGUGCUGGGCUACCUCGGGCAGCUGCAGAAGCCGGUGCCGCAGCCGCUGCACCCCCUCCACGGCCUGACCCCCUACCAGGUGCCUUUCAGCGCCGUCGCCCUCCGGGUCGUCCACUCCGACGUCGCGCCCACCCACGUGCUGUACGCCGUGAACGCCAGCUGGGUCGCCCUUUGCAAGAUCCUGGACGACGUCAGGGGCUACGCAGAGGGGCCCGUCCUGCUCGCCCAGACUCCCGUCUGCGACUGUUUGGGGUUCGGGAUUUGUCGCGGGCUCGACAUGGAGAAGAGGCUCUACCACAUCCUCACGCCUCUGCCCCCCGAGGAGCUCCGGCACGUGAACUGCCUGCUGGUCGGGGCCAUUUCCGUCCCGCAGUGCGUGCUCAAGAGCCAGCGCGGGCCCGAGGGGACAAUCCCGUACAUCACGACGGAUUAUAAUCUCAGAAUUCCCGGGGCAUCGGGGGAGAUCGGAGCACGAGAAACCGAGGAGACCGGCAGAGAGAAGGCACACCCCAAAACCAGGUUCUAUCGAAAGUCAAACUGAUGCGGGGAGUAAGGGAAGAAGACGGACUCUGUCUCCAGCCCGACGUGGGCAGACUGGCGGGCUGUGCUGCCGCGGCCGGCGCCCUCCCGUCCUGGGGUUUCCCGCCUGCGUAGCUCCUGGAAGUGCUUCGUCGGUCAAGUCCCUCCUUAAAGCGACGUGGCCCGGCUUGGCCCUGGUCUGCCGUGUGGCUCCUCACACGUGGUGUUGUGUUUUCUGGAGAGACGUAGCAGACGGGAGAGGGCUGUGCACCACCGAAACGAAGAAUACAGUCGGUUCCUCAGAAAUUCUCCCAGGACCGAGCUGUUGGACUCGGGACAAAAACAGGGAGACCGGGGCCGCAGGAGCGCGCCCAGGACGAAGACGGGCUGGGCGGCAGGGUCCAGGCGCGCCGGGACGCGGAGACGCCCCUUGGUCCUCGCCCCUGAUGGCCGGCGGGCGCGGGAGACCCCUGGAGGGGUCUGCCUGGGGCGGGUUGCGGCCCCCGCGGUUGUGCCUGCCCCCAACCCUGUGAUGCGACCCUGUGAUGCCGUCCGGCUGCUCUCCGGUCCCUGUGGGUCGGGUGUGGAAGGCGGGUCUCGUCUGGACUCGAGGGCUGGCAGGUGAAGCUCGGACUCCAGAGCCUUCACUGUCUCUGUCGGGUUGAUGGUUCGAUGCUGCAAAAAUCGCUCCCAAAGCCGGGAAACCUGUCCUCAGGCCUCUGAAGCUAGAUUUGUGCCGACUUCCCACCUAAGACUAAAGACGCAGCUUGGGCGGAGCUGGCCACGGGGUGUUUUGGGAGAGGCCCGGCAGGGCCGCUCUGGGAGAAGGGCCGGCCCUGCACGUGGCUGGACCUGAACCCACACACGGGCCCGGCUCUGGGCCUGUGAGCGUUCUGUCCCAGAGCACGGGAGGCUGCGGAUGGGGCUGUCCCCCCGGGCGGCCGUCCGUUCCUCCUCCUCCCCUGGGGCUCGCGGCCCCUUGUCCUCCAGGGCUGGAGUGGCGGCGUGAGCAAGGGGGGGAGCUCAGAGGGUGGGGAGACGCCCCUGAGGCCGCGUCCCCGAUUGGUACUCUGAGUCUCUGCUCUCGGCGGAGCAUGGUGGAGCAGGCCGUCAGGGGGUUUGUUCCUGGGUCCGUGGGAAUCAUCAGUCAUCGGUCACCACCGCCCAUACGUGCCUGUGCCCGCAUCUGGUAGACGUGGACGCCCUCCCGGGAGCCCUGGCCACUCCAGGCUGACUAGGAAUGUCCUGGAGACCAUGGCAGUCUGACUUCUAAGAUGCCUCUUAUUUGUAUUUGAGUUUACCUUGUGCAGGUUUUCUGUCUUGGCCUCGCAGAGAACUUGGAGACAAUCUCCCACCAUCCACUCCUCGCUCCCGCCCCCCAGUUCCCUGUGUCUUCAUCCUCAUAGUCACUGUAAGCUACUGGCAGCUGGUCCCAGAAGGAAAGUGCCGCUCUGCCAUUUACCCUUUCGUGAUGUCCAGGCUUGCCUCUAGCCUCCCCUCCUGCUGGGGGUUCAGGACGACCUCUUGCUCCCGCCCCGUUGGGAAAGAAAGAAAGAAAAGAAAGAAAGAAAGAAAGAGAAAGAAAGAAAGAAAAAACGGAUGUCGCCACUAGAGGGAGCCGUCGGCCGCAGUCGGAGCGCCAGACCCUCCAGAGCGGGCUGCCAGCCCUGGAGGCCUGUCUCGGGAUUCGGAGGUCCUGGCAGCGGUGGGGGGGCGCUGGUGAGGCCAGCGGCAGUGACACAGACCUUGGGUGUCGGUUUGGCGGUCCUUGCCGGCGGUUUCGGCGUGUUCUCUCCGCGGUCUGUGGGGUUCAGGGUGGGCAGGCAGGCAUGAGUCUGCCUUGGAGUUACUCUCAGUCUCGCGUGUGUGACUUCCAAAGCGGCACACGCGCAUUUUAAGGAAACUAAAAGCCUGCGUGACUUAGAACGUGAGAGUCCUGGGCCCCUGAUUCUGUAAAAGCGCUGCUUUCAAAGAGGCCCUUCUGCAGGAGGGGAGAUACGCAGAUGAAUGACAAGACUCGCAAAUUCUAGGGUUCCUUUUCUUUCUCAAACAAAGUCCAGUUGCUCCCACCUGUCCCCGUUAGGUGUGGCGGAGGGCACCCACGGACCCCCUGAGACCCCGGCCUGGAAACUGAAGACUGGGGAAUGGGGGGCGGGGCGCGGUGAGCCGGUCCUCCAGGUGCUGUGGAUUCCGGCCCGUGGGAGGGAGCAGCGGGCGGCUGCUUAGCCUGCCCAGCGCCCGGCUGCCUGCCUGCACACAGUGUGGGGACCCAGCAGCGUGGGUACAGGGCUCCUUUUGUACCAAAUGGAGGGUUUUUUUACAAAAAUUGUUUCAUUGGUAGACUUUUUUUUUUAAGACUCCGAUGCCGCAGCAGUGGGGUGAAGGAGACAGCAGCUCUGGGGGUCGAGCCCGAGGUCGGGUCCUGGCUGGACCGGGCGCCCUUCCCCGGCCCUGCCUGCGCAGGGCCUGAGGCCGGGCCGCGAGCGAGGGCUCGGCUCGGUGGGCGGCCCGUCUCCGGUCCUGAGGCAGACCCCCAGAAGGCAGGGACCAGGGUCGCAGUGUUCACGGUCACGUUGGGACGAAGCAGAAACUACAUGUCAGGAUCAGAAACCGUCCCGCCUGCCUCACCUCUGGGCAGGAUCACCUUAAAGCCGGCUCUCCGGCGCCGGAGCUCCAGAGGAGGGGUUCCGCGGCUCCGCCGACCGCCCGUCCCUGGGGGAUUGCCCUCACCCUCCAGCUAGUGCUUUUGAACUUGGUUAUCCGUCCACAGGUGCUGAAAGCGGCCCCUAAGCCCGUCGCCACAUGGUGGUCGCUGAACGCCCUGAUGCCCUCCCCUCUGGUAUUUUUCUAAACGGAGUGUGUUCUUUACAUCGGUGUCCUGCUGUACAUGUGGUUUUCUGCCAGCUUUUUUCAUUUAACUUUAUUUUGUAUCAUUAAAUAUUUUUGAGAACAUGAA